UAAAGCCAAAGCACAUCAGCCUAAUCAUGUCAUUUGGAGAUGAAAGUUCCGAGUGCGUUUAUGGCUGUUUGACUUUGGGACAGUGGCGGAUGACAGUGGAGGAGAAGAAAAAAAAAUCCGCAGCUACUCUGGACUUAUUGCCUGAAUUUCUCAAAGUUCUCUACUCAUUUGCGCAGGGCUGUCUAAAGACAGAUCAACAUGAUGACCAAACACUUUGGCAAAGGUGGGGAUGUGAGUGAGCUGGUCAGCUCCCUCAGCUGGCUUGAGGAGGACGGCAGCUCCCAGGAUGGAGAUGAAAGCCCAGAGAUGCGGAGCCACCACCACAGUCUGACUCUGGGAGGUCGCAUUCGACCCUGCGGAGAAUUUGGCAGUGAGGACAUGGAGGAGGAAGAAGAGGAAGAUGAUGAUGACGAGGAGGAGGUUGAACCAAAUGGAGACAAUGGCCCCAAAAGGAGAGGCCCCAAGAAGAAGAAGAUGACCAAAGCUAGACAGGAGAGGUUCCGUGCCAGAAGGAUCAAAGCCAAUGCCAGGGAGCGAUCUAGGAUGCACGGGCUGAACAAUGCUUUGGAUAACCUGCGCAGAGUGAUGCCAUGCUACUCCAAAACUCAGAAACUGUCAAAGAUCGAGACCCUACGCCUGGCACGCAAUUACAUCUGGGCUCUUUCUGAGGUGCUGGAGAAUGGUCAGUCCACAGAGAGUCAUGGGUUUGUGGAGAUGCUGUGCAAAGGACUGUCUCAGCCCACCAGUAACCUUGUGGCUGGCUGCCUACAGCUUGGACCCACCCCUCUGAUUCUCAACAAGCUUGAGGACAAGUGUGGAGGUCAGGGAGUUGGCGACUCUGUGGGUGGGCAUCCACUCAGCUACCCAUCCCCAGGACUUCCCAGCCCACCCUAUGGAUCCCUGGAAGCAUCCCACCUCCUUCACAUGAAGGGAUUCAAAGCACCUGCGUUCGACAACCCCUCCCCUAACGAGUGCAGCAGCGGCACGCCUCCGUACGACGGACCCCUCACUCCCCCCCUCAGCAUCAGCAGUAACUUUGCCCUGAAGCAGGAGCCUUCUCCACAUGAAUCAGAGAAGAACUACACACCCCACCCUGGUCAACAUGCCCACUACCUCUCAGCCCACCACUUCCCCAUUUCCACAGCUGGUAGCCUACCAGGCGGGGCUCAGUCUCACCCGAUCUUUCAAGCUUCUCGUUACGAGUUACCUCUGGAUGUGGCCUUUGAGUCUUUCACUCCCUCUCACCUGGUCACUGCUCAGAUGGGCACCAUCUAAGACCUAAUGAAACCAGUAAGUGACUGGUCAGAAACUGUCCAUAGAAGUGAAUCUGCCACUGUACUAAUUUUUGGACUGACUGUGUAGAAAAAAAAAAUGGUUUAUGCUGAACCCACUGGGUUCAGAGAGACUUUUCACCUCAACUGAGUCUACCUGAUGCAAACAUGCGACCACGUUUAUCCUGUUAUUUAUUGCUUUAUUGUUUGAUCUUGCAUUGGUGUUUGAACUCUUAAUUGUUUCUGAACAUUUGCCCUGCAGUUAUGAAAGAGUCAAACUAACCAAAACCAACAUAUCUUUGCUCAUGCAGAAAUAAAAUACAACUAGCUGAUGUUUGAACUCAAGAGCUCUGAGAAUAAAUUGAUCCAAAAGUCAUCCAGCUUAAAUCGUGCACAAAGGUCUUGAUUUUUAAGAAAGCAACUAUUUAUAUAUGUAUUUAAUAUUUAUUUUGAUAAUGUCUUGUCCUCUUUUUUUAUAUUCUUCUCUGCACAGUUUAUGUAUCUCCGUCUCCUUGGUUUGUUGCCAUCCAUUGGUAGCUGUACUUAGCUAUUUAUUUUGAGGUCUUUCAGGUGACUUGUUCAUAUUUGUGUUGCCAUUUUUGUCACAUGUACUGUUAAUAUGUUGCUGUUUCGCACUUACUGAAAUAAAUAUUCUUAUAUUAUAUGCUAUUUCCAUAGUAA